GGGCAGGCCGCCUCCGCCUCCGCGUGAAAGCCCGACUCUCCACGAGCGAUGGCGCUGGCCUCCGCGAGCGGGCCCGCCGUGGCCUUCGCGUGGGCGCACGGGCCCGCGCCCCGCGGCGCGGCGGAGGCUGGGAGGGCGCCCCGGGGCGCCCUCCUGGCUGCGGGGGGCCCCGCGCGGAGCGAGGGGCCGCAGGGUGCCGCGGGCGCGCAAGCGCUGUCUGCCGGCACCUCCGCGGUCCUGCUCGCGGUGGGCGUGGCCGCCGCCCGCAGGGCCCCCAAAAAGGGCGCGGCCGGUGGCCCGCCGCGCGCCCCGCGGGUCGCCCGCCGGCUGCAGGGCGGCGUCGAGGGCGUGCGCAUCGUGAAGCCGGACUCCGACUCGGGGGUGCUGCACGAGGUGCUGGACGGCGUCCGCGCGAGCACCGUGGUGGACGGGGUCCUGAUGAUGUCCUUCCUGGUCCCUGCAGCGUACACGGGGUCGAACGAGGAGUUUGAGCUCGGGAAGGGUACCACCGAGAACGUGUAUGUCCUGUACGAGAAGGGUGGCAGCCCUGCUGGGGGCCCGCUCACCAUGAUCGACGUGCCAGAGGCGCGCUUCAUGAAGGUCUUCUUCGAGCAGAUCUCCUCCUAUCUCCCGCGGCUCGAGGGCCUGGUCCUGACCCACGUGGGCGAGGAGAACGUCGAGGUGCUGAAAAGGCUGUGCGAGGAGGUGGAGAAGGCCUCUGGCACCAGGCUGAAGGUCUACACGUCCGAGGCAGGCAGGAGCAUCCUCAGCAACUACAUGGACGGUGAGCUGGACAAGAUCGACCUGGAGCUCAUCAACAACGACAGCUUCAUCCCCUGCCGUGGCGGCGGACGCCUGGACGCCGUCACCACCUCGACGGGCAAGUACCCCGACCUCAUGAACGUGUUCGACGAGGCUACAUGCACGCUCUUCAGCGGAAAGUUCUUCGCCUCGCACACGGUCGAGGAAGCGCCGAGCGAGGACUACGACCCGUCGUGGUCGGAGGCCGCAGAGGGCUGGCAUCACUACUUCGACUGCAACUUCUUCACGGGGGCUGCCCAGGAGGGGGUACGCCGCAUCUUCCAGAUCACCGCGGACAACGCGGACGAUGGCGUCGGCCUGGACAACCCUGACGUCGAAAGGCUGGCGCCCUUCCACGGCCCCGUGGUGCGGAGCGAGUCCUGGAAGCUGAUGGCCAAGUACGAGGCCUGGCUGGAGAAGAAGCUGGCCACGGUGACCGAGGGCUCUGCGGUGGUCAUGUACGCCUCUGCGUACAGCAACACUUUCAAGAUGGCCGAGGCGGUGGCGGGAGGGCUCGAGAAGCAGGGCAUCAACGUGGAACUCAUGAACGUGGAGUUCACGGACGCGAAGGACAUCAGGAAGGCGGUGGAGCAGUGCGACGGCUUCGCGGUCGGGUCCCCGACGCUCGGCGGUCAGAUGCCCAUUCAGAUGAAGGAGGCGCUGGGCAUCAUCCUGAAGUCCGCGCAGGGCGGCAGCAAGCAGGGGGCCUCCACGCGCGCGGGCUCCGUGAAGAAGCAGUGCUUCGCCUUUGGCUCGUUCGGGUGGAGCGGCGAGGCGCCGGUGGAGGUGAACGAGAGGCUCAAGGACGGCGGCUUCGCCAUCACGGAGGAGCCGAUCCGCUGCAAGUUCACGCCCACGGCGGAGAUGCUCUCCCAGUGCGCGGCCGCGGGCGCCGGCCUGGCGCAGCGCAUCGCGAAGGCGAAGCGGCAGCAGCUGCAGGCCAUCGUGGCCGCCGAGGAGGGCGCGGGUGCUUCCAAGCUGGAGGCCAAGCGGUCGUCCCAGAAGAACAUGCUGCAGGCUUUUGGGCAGAUCAUCAACUCGUCCUGCAUACUCACGUUCAAGCCGGCUGAGGAGGGGGGCGAGGGCAUGCGCGUGCCCGUCAGCUGGGUGAGCCAGGCCUCCUUCGAUCCUCCUGGCCUCAUGAUCGCCGUGGAGAAGAGGGGCCUGGACGCGUGGCUGACCACGUCGCCUGAGGAGCAGCUGAACCAGCUCUUCGACAAGUACGACGCCGACGGCAGCGGCGAGCUCGACAGGGCGGAGAUCGACCCCGUGCUGACCGAGCUUUUCGGCGCUGAGGUCGGGUCCGCCCAGGCGGACCUCCUGAAGGCGAGGAAGGACGAGGCCUGGCACGUGCUGGACGCGGACGGCAGCGGCACGGUGGACCGGGAGGAGCUCCUGGCGGCCGCCGCGGCGGGCCCGCUGGCGGAGCUGCUGGCGCGGGAGCGGCGGGCGGCCUCCCUCGAGAGCCUGCUCGACAGCGACGAGCCCGGCGCGGCCCUGUCCUUCACCCUCUGCAUGCUCCCCGAGGGCAUGACGGAGGCCGAGGCCAUGUCGGCCCCGCAGCACAAGAAGAAGAAGGCCGCGAACGGCUGCGCGGUCCUCGAGCGGUGCACCUCCUUCGUCGAGUGCGAGGUCCGGUCCCUGGCGUCCGCCGGCACCUCCUCCAUCAUCUACGCGGCGGUCACGGAUGGAGACCUCGUGGAAGAGGGCCUGCGGACGGAGCUCGUCGGCGCCAACCACGCGGCCGUCGACCAUGCGGCGCAGGACUCUGCGGCGGCGCAGAAUGAGGAGCUCGUGCCCGCGUAGGGCUGGCGCCCGGGCACCAGUGGGCGGAGCGUCACCAGCACAGCCCGAGGAUUUAGGGCUACGCUUCUGCUGCCCCUCGGGGGAGCCCCUGGCACGCGGCCAUUUUCCGAGCGUGCUAGCCGCCCGGCCUGGAAGCAGAAACGUCGCACACACCAUGAAUCUGCUUGCGCUGUUUUCCCUUCCUCCAGCACCGUCUUCGGCAUCGCUGCAGCGGACGCGCUGCGCGGAUUCCCCAGCUUUCGCUGUUGAGGGGGUGGGUGGGAGGAGGAUCUCGCACGACCACCAACAACGUACUAGGAUCGUCUCCCCCCAGAGCGGAGGGGUUACCCCGUGCUAGUGCCGGUGCCCACUUUCUGUCCGCC